GUAGGAACAGCAUCGACCCCCAAGAACAAAAAAAGAAAAAAGAAAAAAAAAGAAAGCGUCCGCGACCAACCUCCGGCUUCCGUUGAAGAAACAACAAUCAGCUUCGCAGACCCCAGCACCGCAUCAAUCGCGAUGGACUACCAGAACCGCGCCGGCUCCAAAUUCGGCGGCGGCGGCGUCGCCUCCCACAGCAUGACCAACGCCGACCGGCGCGAGCGCCUGCGCAAGCUCGCGCUGGAGCAGAUCGACCUCGACAAGGACCCGUACAUCUUCAAGAACCACCUCGGCUCGUUCGAGUGCCGCCUCUGCCUGACGGUCCACCAGAACGACGGCUCGUACCUCGCCCACACGCAGGGCAAGAAGCACCAGACCAACCUCGCGCGGCGCGCCGCGCGCGAGCAGCGCGAGGGCAAGGGCGACAUCGACCCGCACACGGGCCUGCCCGUCGGCGUCGUCGGCGCCGGGUUCGCCGCGCUGGGGCUGGGCGGCGGCGGGCCGCGCAAGAACGUGAUCAAGAUCGGCCGCCCCGGCUACAAGAUCACCAAGGUGCGCGACCCCAUCACGCGCCAGCAGGGCCUCCUCUUCCAGCUGCAGUACCCGGACAUCGGCACGGGCAUCACCCCCAAGUGGCAGGUCAUGAGCGCCUUCAGCCAGCGCGUCGAGGAGCCCGACCGCAACUUCCAGUACCUCCUCGUCGCCGCCGAGCCCUACGAGACCUGCGGCUUCAAGAUCCCCGCCCGCGAGCUGGACAAGAGGGAGGGCCGCCAGUUCGAGUACUGGGAUCCCGACGCAAAGGAGUUCUGGUUGCAGAUCAUGUUCAUGACGGAGCGCGAGGAGCGCUUCAACGCCGCGCCGGGCUUGACGGGACGCCGGUGAGCGUUGGUAAAAAAAAGGGGGGCGAACGGUUGAAGUGGGAGGAUAAUUACAGCACGAAUAAGCAAAGAAAGAGCAGGGGAAGGUGAAAAAAAAGAAAAGAGGAAAAGUCAAAGCAGGAGGCUCGUCUGGUUUCAUCAAGCAACCUUAGCUCAGCAGGUUCACAGCAUCAGUCGCCGCCCAAGACACGAGGUCUCGCCCAGCGCUGCGUCUGCCGCGGACUGCCUCUUAGAGCAAGCCUCAUGUCAGAGUCCAUGGCUGCUUGAGGCGAUCAAUCAUCAAGGGUUCCGCCACGAGGAGGUGGACCAGAGAGGUGUAAGGCCGCAGCAGUUCUGUCAGCUCCGUUUCCUCGCUAACGGUCGGACAGCGAAACGACAUCCCCAUAGGUUGCGCCCGCCGAGGUAGUGGGCGGCUGUGUGGAUGGCAGGGUGGUCCAAGAGAUUGAGAAUAAUACUAGGCAUAUUAGAAUGGGAUGACCACUUCAUCCAGACGUAAUCUUUCGGCUCUCUAGGUUUUCAGUCGUAAGACCCUUGUGUGCAAGAUGUGC